AUGGACGUCCCUCGCGGCUCCAGACGAACCCGCCAUGCAGCCUCAACCGCCUCCAGCCAAGAGGCCCAGCUCCAGGCCCAGGCCCAGCUGGAGCUCGAGGCAGCAACGCAUCGCCGAGGCCAUCCGCGCAGAGCCGUGCAGGUCCAGGUAACGCCUGAUGCGGCCCUGGCCAUGGCAGCUGGCGCUCACCAGACGCCGGAGACCAGCAACGGCCAUGACAGCAACCACGGCGAUCACAGCAAUCACGGGAGGCGCGAGAUGGAGCCACCACCGAAUCCAUUCCGGCUGCAUAGAUUCAGAUGGGCAGCAAGUGCUUCCAUCUAUAAGACAGGAGAAGCUGCUGAAUAUGAACAUCCAUCACCUCACUUUGGCGUCACCUGCCAAUGA